AUGUUAACAGCUAAUAUUGAACCUAUACAUAGUUCAGACGCUAUUACCAGUGUCAAUUAUAAAUCGACAGGUUCAAUAACUGAAACCAUGCCAUUUACUGUUCUGCUGCGAUGUGUAUUUAUCAGUGUUCUAGUAGUCGCACUACUGGUUGCAGCUUUAGUUGGCCCAUUUAUUUAUUUUGGUCGACAAGAAAAGAAUGAAAAUGAGUCGAGAAGCUCUUCUUCUCAGACAUCUGGAACUACUGUAUCAUCAACACGUGCUCUAACUUCAACAGUAACACUGUGUCCAGCGACCUUUCAACUUGCAUAUUCCUAUUCGCUUACUUCUGGUCAAAGAUACUGGCCUGGAUCUGUUACCGUGAAUGAUAUUGAUAACGAUGGGAAUUUAGACAUUAUUGCCGUCAAUCCUAGUGAAAAUAAUGUGGUUAUAUUACUCAGCAAAGGUGACGCAACUUUUAAAUCACCAGUGACACUCUUUACUGGAGCAAACAGUGCUCCUCAGCUAGUCUUUGUCGAUGAUUUCAAUCACGACCAACUACUAGAUCUUGCUGUCAUAAAAAAUCCGGUACCAAGUAUUGGUAUAUUCCUUGGAAAUGGCAAUACGACUUUCGUCAGAGAAGUUGCGCUUCCUCUUCGAGGAUAUAACAAUCCGACAGCGAUAGCCAGCGCUGAUUUCAACGAGGACAACUGUUUAGAUUUGGUUGUAGCAAACGAUUAUGGUAAUAAUGUAGGUGUGUUAUUCGGUAAUAACAACGGCACUUUUCAAAGUCCGAUACUAUUGGACACCGGAGACUGGAGUUUCCCAAGUUCAGUUGCAGUCGCUGAUUUCAAUCAAGAUGCACACAUUGACAUUAUCGCCGCUGGCUCUCUUAGUGACAUUAUCUAUGGAUUCUCUGGUGAUGGCUAUGGAUCUUUUACUACGCCAAUACUGUUAUCAUAUAAGCAGUACUGCGCGCCUAGCACCAUUAUUGUGGCUGAUUUUAAUGAUGAUAAUCGAUCAGAUAUUGCUGUGACAAAUUCGAACUUAUACAAUACGGGUAUAAUGCUUGGCAAAUAUGAUGGAACAUUCACAGAACAAACGAUAUAUUCAACUGCAGCUUAUGCUGGUAACAAUCCGAUGGUUGGCGGUGAUUUUAACCAGGACAAUAUAUUAGAUAUAGUUAUCCUGAGUUAUCACACGCCAUAUUUGAAAAUAUUACUUGGUAUUGGGAAUGGAAAUUUUCUUGAACAAACGAAAAUGUGGACUACUUCGUUCAGCAGUAGAUUACAGACAGUGACUGUCGGUGACUUUGAUAAAGAUAAUAAAUUAGAUCUCGUUGUUACCGACUCCGUUAACAAAACGAUUCGAGUUUUCUUGAACACGUGUAAUUGUUAA